AUGCGAGGCCAUGGGGAUCCUCGCCCCGGCUUGCAGGGACACGGCACGGCGGCGGCGACAAACCGGAGUGAUUCUUGCUAUUUGGGAGCGAUGAAUGGCUCAAUGCACAUGCUCCCCUUCCACGUCACGGAUUGUGUGCAUGUGUACGGUUCAACAUUACGGGGCGGGGGCGUUGAACAAGACGGUCAAAGGCUUGUGGAGGGACAAGCUCUGGCAAAGGCGCUAUGUGGGAUAGAUCUGGCAUACUUUUCGGGAGGCAUGGCGCACAGGAGCGGUAUGACAGGGUAUGAAAUGGAGUUAAACGCUUGUUACUGUCCUUUUGGUUUUCCUCUUUUCCUAUCUGCUGGUUGUCGAAACAGGUCGUGCCACUAG